AUGUCUGCAAAACUGCCCGAAGAGGCAUCGCCGGAACCGGAGCCCAGCCCACAGCAGUCAUCGUCUCGUUGGUCCCAGAUCGAAGAUAGGAUUCUGAAGCAAGCGGUAGCGCGAUAUGGCGUGAGCCAUUGGGACGACGUUGCAAAGAUGGUAUGGACGAGGAGGAGCGCCGAGGAGUGCCGGGCACGUUGGGCGGAGCUUGUUCCGAUCUUAUACCAAGGGUUAGCACGGCGGGAGUCCGCGUUAGAGCAGCGCCGUACGAGGAGCAUAACAGUAUCAGCAGUUGCGUCGAGCGCGUCGAUACCACAGCAAGAGAACGAUGAAAGCUCUCAGACUCCGCCUCUCCCCAUCCAAGGGCGUCCGGGAUCAAAAGGGGAGCUACCUUUAGCCCGAGUGGACGGUAACGCCAAAUUCUAUACUGAACCCUCUUCACCCUCUUCACCCACCCCUUUAACUUACAUGCCGGAAUCUCCAUCGCCGCCUCUAUCAUCAGCGUCGGCGCGAAAUCGACGGAAUACCGAACCAGGACAACGACCCUUCCGUGCUGAGUCAAUGUCUCGCGGAAGGAGGGAAGAUAGACGGGAGUGGCUUGCACCACAUCCGCUUAUGCCGGGACGUCCUCGCAGAACGCCGACAUCCUCGAGGGAUACUUCGGCAUUUAAGAGUAAGGAUGAUACGACUAGUAAAUCUAGAGAUUAG